AAUCAGAGGACUCCGUUUUUCACAAUUAUAUAGGACAGGUUUGCUGGACUUGGCAGUGCGGAAUUGGUCAAAAGCAGGACCAGGCCUUCUGCGUGUACCAUCUUCAUCUCCAUUUUCUUCAAUUCUGCUCUUGUAUGGCCUGUGCUGUCUAGGCUAGAAGGCAUCGGCUCUCUGUUCUAUUGUGUGUCCUUUGACAAUGUCCAAUGUGCCUUCAUCUAGAUAUGCAGCUGCGAUAUCAGCCCUUUCCCUCAGUUUACCUGCUGUUAACCCCAACCCACCCCUUACCCUCAGUUCAUCCACUGCCCCCGACCCACCGCUUACCCCCAAAUCCCUUACCCCUAAACCACUAGUGGCCCCUACCCCCAAACCACCCCUUACCAUCAAACUACCAUCAUAUCCCCCUUCACCUGAGAUUUUGGGAUCAGAUGACGAGGAACAGGAGAAUCCAUCUGAUUACUGUAUAGGUGGCUACUACCCGGUGGAAAUUGGAGCAAUAUUAAUUGACCGUUACCAGGUGGUGAAGAAGCUGGGAUGGGGCCACUUCUCCACUGUGUGGCUAGGCUGGGACAUUGAGAAGAGGCGUUUUGUGGCUCUGAAGGUGGUAAAGAGUGCUCCAACCUUCACAGAGACUGCUUUGGAUGAGAUCAAGCUUCUGAAAUGUGUAAGGGACAGUGACCCAUCAGACCCUAAACGAGACACUGUUGUGCAGCUUAUCGAUGACUUCAAAGUCUCUGGAGUCAAUGGGGAGCAUGUAUGCAUGGUUCUUGAAGUGCUGGGUCACCAGUUGCUGAAGUGGAUCAUCAAAUCCAACUACACUGGCCUUCCCCUGCCCUGCGUAAAGAGCAUCCUCAGACAGGUUUUCCAGGGCUUAGAUUACUUGCACACUAAAUGCAAGAUUAUCCACACAGACAUCAAGCCAGAGAACAUCCUUUUGAGAGUGGAUGAGGUUUACGUCCAGGAGUUGGCAGCCGACACCAAGCUACGGGAGCUGCCGGUGUCUCCUGCUCCCACAAGCUGUUCAGCAAAUACCAGUCUAAGAGAGAAGCAGAUUGUGUCAAACUUGUUGGGGAAGUUGACUGUGGCUUUCCAGACUCUUGGGGUUUGGACCGGGAAGGUCUCCAGGAUCCCGAGGGCCAGGUUGUCGAGAAAGGAGAACAAACAUCAACAGCCGCAGCAGGGCGAGGACACUUUAGUUGACCGUCAGAAGAGGGCGAAACCUCAUGUGUCAUUCUCUAAUAUCACCACUCCAUGUAGCACUCCUAGUUCCACCUCUUCCUCUAAGUCUUCAGGUCCUGUGUGUGCUACUUGGAGACAGACCCUGCUGCAUGAAGAAGCAAUGGGCUCUGACAGCAAGGAGUCAGCCUUGUCACCGAUGGAAGAUGCACCAUCAUUGACUACAAUGUCUCUCUGCUCUAGACAAUCUGCAGUGUUACAUCAUUCUACCCAGAGAGACAACCAGCCCUCAUCACCAUCACAUGGGUUCAGUGAAACAGAGCUGUUGAAGAAUCUUCUGAAGCCACAGAAUGCUGAUGAAAUCAGCAUCAAGAUUGCAGAUCUGGGCAAUGCCUGCUGGGUGUACAAACACUUCACAGAGGACAUCCAGACCUGUCAGUACCGCUCUGUGGAGGUCCUGAUUGGGGCUGACUAUGGCACUCCUGCAGACAUCUGGAGCACAGCCUGCAUGGCAUUUGAGCUGGCCACUGGGGAAUAUCUGUUUGAACCCCAUUCAGGGGACAACUUCUCUCGAGAGGAAGAUCACAUUGCUCAUAUAAUUGAGUUGCUGGGACCCCUUCCAUCCCAGUUUGCCCUCUCAGGGAGAAACUCCAGGCGAUAUUUCAAUCACAAAGGGCAGCUGCGGCACAUCUCAAGGCUGAAGCCAUGGACUUUGUGUGAGAUCCUGCUGGAUAAAUACGAGUGGCCACGGGAGCAGGCAGUUCAGUUCAGUGCCUUCCUCCUCACCAUGCUGGAGCCCCUCCCAGAGAAGAGAGCCACCGCUGCCCAGUGUCUAAAACAUCCCUGGAUCUCCUCAUAGACAUCAUACUGCUACCUAGUGUCUGAACCCCUCUGGAUCCCCUCAUGGACACACAGCUGUCUUACCGAGGCCACAGAUGUUACACAGCUGAAGUCCCUUAAUAUGAUGAUGACUUCAAGGGCAUUUCCACCACUUUUACACCAUGUCAUUAUCUCCAGCACAAUACCAGUGUCUAAAUAUGUUAAAAUGGCACAUUUCUACGUUUUGUAGAACAAAAAAUAAAUUAAAAAAGUUCUACCCGAUGACAUCAUCAAAAGUUAAAACAUUAAAAAAUAUAUGUGCUUUCAAACACUGUGAGAUUCGCGGCGACGUGGGGAGCAAGAAAAUACCCUCCCUCUGGCUAGAAACUUGUUGCCGGUUUAGAAAAUCAGUUUCUCUUACUUUUUAAUCCUACCCUGUGAUGUCACAGAGAAGUAUUUUUUAGGACCUUAUCUUUUUAACCACAGAUCAUAGAAACAUGCUGUUUUCACAUACCGUAUGUAGACACUGGUUUGGUGCUGGUGCUAAUUAUGAUUUUGAAAAGUCGCAGAAUUGCCAUUUAAGUGGGUUUGUGGGACACGGCUGAUAUUCAGCAAGUGUUAUUUUUUUUCUGCUGAUUUUCUGCAAGUGCUAUUUUUCAGUUUGCUCUGGGAGAGCAAUCAACUAUUACUCUAUUUUUUCUGGUGAUUUGAAGCGUUUGAUGUGGAGAGAUGACAUGAUGAUGAAACAAAUCCAUAGUGCUGUUUUGUCAACAAGAUGCUAUCCUGAUUUAUCUUUGUACAUGCUAAAUUAAUGCCCCUCAUAAGUUUUAACCAGUUUAUGUAAAAAUGUCACUGUUGAAUUUUACAGCUGUCUUUAGAUAUUAAUUUGAUAUUCCAGAUUAUUAUAUGUGAUGGCCUGUGUUCAGAUUAUUCAAAUUUAAACACAUCAAUGACCAAAAUCAUAAAGAAGGCAAGAUUUACUGGAAUACUGCCUUUUCAAAAGGACACUGGGAAGGCUUUACUUUUGUUUUUGACUUUCAUUGAAUAAAUGUUAUUUGUUUAUAGAA